AUGUCAGAAGCCAAGACAGACAGAGCAAAAGUCAAACCAGCAGAAAGUUUUGAAAAUGAUAAGCAAAAUAUUUCUUGGCUGAAGAAAGAACUGGACAAGCCCAUCCUCCAGCCCCAUGGAGACUCAGGUAAGAUCCCCACAUCCUCAGCUCCUUCUCCUCAAGACAGCUGCACCAGCUCCUUGCCUCUCCCAGUUCUCCAUGAGGUGAUGCUGAGCAGUGAGGACCACCCAGAAAACCAGCUUACAAAUGAAAAACAUACAGAUGAAAAGACCGUGAAAGGUAUUGUUAUGAGUUCUGUCGCAGAAUUUAGCAUGGCAGACACUUCAUCAAAAGAAACCAAAAAUGAGAAGAAAUUGUCAGAAGCAAGCAGAUCAUCCAUUGCUUCCCUGGAGAAAUGCAGAGAAUUCACCUACAUUGAAGAUGAUGCAUCAGUUCAUCAGAGAGACAGUGAUGAUGAAUGUGCAACACUUAUCCUGGCCUGCUUGUUCUGCCAGUUUUGGGACUUUCUUAUAAUGCUGCCUGAUACCUGUGAACACUGGCUGAUAGAUACCUGUUGUCCAUCCAAUAGAUACUACCAGACCUCCGAUGAAGACCACUCCAACAAUGACUGCAACUGUGACUGUGACAUUGAUUGCAGCCUCUUUGAGUCCUGCCAUGAGACUGGUGAAUGCCUGGAACUUGCCAUGGAGAUUUCUGAAGUCUGUUAUCGUUAAUAGGAAAACAAUGGACAAAAACCCUGAAAACAAGGGAUUGGACAGAGUACAAGGAGACUUUUUUUUGGGAAAAAAAAAGAAAAAGAUAACAGGAAUGUUUUCCAGCCGGACUAUGCCAUCAUGCUGCUUUCACCCUGGAGGUCUGUAUAUUUGUAACAUACUGGUUCUAUGAUAAUAAAGGGCAAAAAAAAGGUUUCCUCCUUUGCCAUAGAAAACAACAGAAUUCCUAAGUGCCAAGUGUGCUCAACGUGUUACCCGCUGCCAGUGCAAUGCUUUUAUAAAACCCUAAUUGCUUUAAACAUGGAUUUCCCCCGUUCACAAACACAGAAUGAAUUAGGACAUUCUUUUAAGACUGAUAUAUAUUAGUUCAUCUCCCUAAUGGAUUCAUACAUAAACAUGUAUUACACAUUGUUGGUUAUUAUUAAUAAUGUAUGAUACAGCAUCAUUUUAUAAUUAAAAAUUUAUUUAUUCAAUCUCUUAAAACACACUUAUAUGUUCAGUUUAGGUAGAAAAGAAAAUUAAAUGAAUUAGAAACCAUGCUAGCUGUAAUUACAGCAAAUGCCUCUAAAAAUCUCCAGUGAGUUUUGUGGAGGAAGCACUUUAACAGGGUAGUGCAACUCGACAGUGUAUUAAUGUGCGUGCCUAUGGUUAUGUAAUAACAGGUUAUGCCUAUUGUUCAUUAGUUGUAGAAAAGGACUCCUUAAGUGUCAUU